GUGUCGGAGGACGGCCGCCAGCAUUUUCGCUUCGACCGCGCCAGCGGCCGCCUCGUCGUGGCCGACAGGCUGGACCGGGAGCAGCUGUGCGGCCAGGCCGACACCUGCACGCUCCCCUUCGAGCUGCUGCUGGCCGACCCGCUGCAGUUCUUUCGGGUCGAGGUCACCCUCGACGACAUCAAUGACCACUCGCCUGUUUUCCCCGAGGAACGAGUCACUUUUAAGAUCCCCGAAACGAGCGAUCCGAGCUCUCGUUUCCCUUUGGAGGGUGCUCUGGACCUUGAUGUUGGCAGCAACAGUGUGCAGGCAUACAGAAUUGCUCCAGAGAACAAGCACUUCAGUGUCUCCUUUGGCAGUAGAAAUGACGAUGACAAAUACGUUGAACUUGUUUUGGAAAAGCCCCUAGACAGAGAGGAGCAGACAGAGAUGGAUUUCAGUGUGAUUGCUGUGGAUGGGGGCUCUCCACCCAGGAGUGGGACCGCCCAAAUUCACAUUAUAGUUCUGGAUGCAAACGACAACUCCCCAGUCUUCACACAGGAGGUGUACCUUGCAAGGGUUUUGGAAAACACACCAGAGGGCUCUGUGAUUUUGACUGUGUUGGCAACUGACCAGGAUGAAGGAAUUAACGGAGACAUUUCUUAUCAAUUCAGACAAGCAGGGGAGCAGAGCAACCCAGCGUUUGAGAUUGAUCCCAAGAGUGGUGAAAUUAAACUCUCAAAGCCUCUGGACUUUGAGGCAGCACAGACUCACGAACUCCGUGUGAGGGCCACAGAUGGUGGGGGGCUCUCGGCAAUCUGCAAGGUGUUGGUGGAGGUGUUGGAUGUGAAUGACAAUGCACCCGAGCUGGUGGUCAGUUCCUUCAGCAGUCCCCUCGCCGAGAACUCCGCGCCCGGCACGGUGGUUGCCCUCUUCACUGUCAGGGACAGGGAUGCCGGCGCCAACGGCAAGGUGUCCUGUGCCCUCGACCAUCAGCUCUUCUUCUCCCUGCGGCCAGCCUAUAAGAAUUACUACGAGCUGGUGACUGUGAGGGCGCUGGACCGGGAGGACACGGCUCAGCAUAUCCUCAGCGUGACAGCAGCAGACGCGGGGUCCCCUCCUCUCACUACCACC